UUGGGGAGCAGUUUGGGGAGCAUGGUGGGCAGAACUGAGGGUUUAUAUGUUAAUAAUGUACAGGAUGAAGAGCUCGUGUUUCAGAGGAGGCGGGCUCGUGGGGAGGAGGAGGAGGAGGAGGAGGAAUGCAGUGGAUCCUCAAGUAACUCCUGCACAUUUUAAACAUGGACAACUGGCUGAGUGUGUGUGUGCUUGUGGGACUUCAGGUCGCCUGCUGCCUCGCGUAUGACGGGUCGGGGUACUGGCAUUACACUGACGAUGAGGAUGUAAGAUACACAGGUGUGCCAUGGUGUGCUCCAGUCAAAGUGAAGCAUGGGCAUGCAAGCUGCCAAACACCACGUGGUGAGCAUUAUAAGAACGUGUUGGGAACCCGCUGUAAGGUGCACUGCAAGAGAGGCUACGAGCUCCACGGCAGCAGCGAGAUACUCUGCAUGGCCAGCAAACAGUGGUCAGGAAAAUACACCUGCAGAGAGGUCCGCUGUCCGGCACUGGCCAUGCCAUCUAACGGUGGAUUUAAGUGUUCAGAUGGUUCCUACUACAACUCCCACUGCCAGUUCUUCUGUUCACCAGGAUACACACUCCGUGGAGACCGCAGUGUCACCUGCCAAAGCAGCAAGGCAUGGAGCGGUGGCCAGAGUUUGUGUCUGGAUCUGGAUCCUCCAGUCAUAAAGUGUCCAAAUGUGAAGGAGAAGACAGCCGAGCCAGGAAAAGUGACUGCGAAAGUGACCUGGGAUACACCGGAAGGCAAAGACACAGCAGAUGGCAUACUCACAGAUGUAAUACUAAAGGGGAAGCCUCCAGGAACACAUUUUACAGAGGGAAACCAUAAACAGUCAUACACAGUGUUCGACCGGGCGGGGAACAAAGCUACCUGUAAAUUCAACAUCAGAGUAAAAGUGCGCCGCUGCGUUCCUCUCUCAGUGCCUGAGAAUGGCUGGAUGAAGUGUGACGGUGCAGGUGAUAAUUAUGGUGCAACAUGUGAUUUCCGCUGCCUGGGAGGUUAUGAGCUGAGAGGCAGCGCUGCUCGAGUUUGCCAGUUCAACAUGGAAUGGUCUGGGCUGGAAUCCAGCUGUGCAUUGCUACUACAGCAGCAACUAGUGACUCAGAUAAACACUCUGUAUAACUGUGGUGAGCUGAAAAGCAUCUCAGAAUGCACAACAUGUCGGACCUCGAGGAGGAUUUUCUACAGCAGUAGAAGACCACGUCGGGUUCCUCUUCUGUCAGACAAGAACAGAAAGCUGAGGCUGCAGUGAGCACAGGUUCACCAAAACUGCACAGGUGAAGACUGGAGAAACGUAGCCUGGUCUGAUGGAUCUCGAUUUCUGCCUGAGGAACACAGAUGUUAGGAUGAGAAUUUGGCACCAACAGCAUGAAUCCAUGGACCCAACCUGCCUUGUGUCAACAGUCCAGGCUGGUGGAGGUGCUGAAAUGGUGUGGGGAAUGCUUUCUUAGCGCACUUUGUUCUGCACACUAUGCUAUCACAGUCAUUUCAUCAGGGCUGGGAAUAGUGAUGUUAUUUUGGGCAACCUCCCCCUCACUGGUUCUCUUCUAACACUUUUUAUUUUACCUUUGUAUUUUUAUUUUUUCCUUCAUGUUUAUCAGUUUGGUUUUCUCCACUAGCUUCAUUCGUAAAGGUUUACCAUACUCUGUAACUAACGCUAUUUAGAGGCUAAAUGUACACUUCACCUGUUUAGGACGCAGUCGGGAACCUCUUAUUUCAGCCAUCCCAAAUAACUUGCCAACAUAGUCCGUAAUAUUCUCCUCCAUACCUGGAAAAAAAAAAAUUCAAAAUCCCCUGAAUUGCAUUAUCUACUUUUCUUCUUCCCUCAGU